AUGUCCCAUCCUCCAGAGCCAACUCCUGACUCACACCCUCAACAUACCCAGCAAAACUACGAUCAACAUCUAUCAGAUGCUACCCUUCACGCCCUUGUUGAUCCCUAUGGACUCGACAUCGCCCCCGAACUUCUAGGUGCUGAAGGUCAACCCGAUCCCGUGCAUAGGAAACGUAAAACUCCUCCUCCCUCAACAGAAUCAUAUGACAUACCUCCUGAUGGUGUCCCUAGACUUCCUUGGGAAGAAGGAUACGAACCUGAAAACCCAACGGAUACUUCUCAAAUUGAUUUCCAGCCUCCUCAGAACGAAGAAACUCAAAUCGAUGGUGUGGCUGGUAUAGAAGGUGAAUCGUCAAGGAAUGUUGAAGAUGAAAGACCUGUCAAAAAGAAGAAAACAAGAACAAGACAUGCACAUACAGAACCUGAUUUACCUGAAGGAGAAGUUGAAUAUAGUCAUCCGAGUCAAGAUCCUAAAUUAGGACCUGUUUUCGUUCAUCCUGGUCCUAACGCCUCUCAAGCUUGUGUUAGAUGUCAUAGGAUCAAGAGGAAAUGCGAUACCAACAAACCUAGAUGUAUGGGUUGUACAAAAGCUGAUGUUCCUUGUGUUUUCGAAUUGACUCCUGCUACUUCAGCUUUUGUUCAAAUCUUAAAGUCUGAGAAACAAGAAAUAGCCACACAAUUAGCUACGGCUGAAGAAAGAAUACAUCAUCUUGAAUUGCUCGUUUCGACUUACGAACGUAAUGAACCUUUUCCUCCUCCAGAAUCGACACAGCCGGAUCAUAAUUUAGAAUUCGACAAUGAUAUCCCAUCGGAUCUUUCCACCCUGGCACAGACCGUCAUUGCUAUGCGAACGAAUUACCAGGUUCAGUCGGCUAUUUCUUCCGAUCUCAAAUCAUCAGUCACAGGUUUACAACUUCCUGCGUUUGAACUUGCUAGAGAAGCGGAAAACGCAUUUUUCGCUCACACCGAGAUGUCAUACCCAUUUUUGGAUCCAGUUGAAUUUGGGGCUAACAUGAGCGUUCUAUAUACUUUCACAGAGUCGAUCAUGCCGGUGGAAGAGAAAAGGAGGGAAUUCGUUUUCUUGAUGGUCACUGCUAUCGGGAUGGCAUUACGUCAGCAACAGGACGGGGUGAAGGGAAGUUCAAAAGAGUUGUUCGAAAGAGCAAAAUCUAGUUUGAAGUUUGCUCUGAAUGCGGAAGAUAUAAUUUGCUUGCAAAGUCUGAUGCUUCUUGCUAUUUACUCAACACUAGACACUUCUGCUGCACCACUUUGGCAUGUGGUUGGGCUAGCUGUUCGAGUGGCUACCGCUCUGAACCUUCACCGAUCAUGUGAAGCCGAUGACAAGCUCAGUUCCGAUGCUGUCGAACAAAGAAAAAAGCUUUUCUGGGCGGUUUACAACCUCGAACAUUUAGUCGCGUACACCUUGAACCGACCAUUGGCCAUAUCCGAUGAUAUCAUCACUGUCGAGAUGCCCACGGACACAUUCUCCAUAUCACUCACCACACGCACCAUCGAUUAUCGUCGAUUACUAGGAGAAAUCACUUCCACCCUCAGUCGACCUUCCGUCUUCAAAGACGAUGCUCCACAACGUUUACUCUCGUUACGUAUCAAAUUAGACGGUUGGCUCCCCUCCAUCCCUUCUUCAAAUCAUACAAUCGACCUUUCCUCUCAUGCAUAUUUCGAACUUCAAUACCAUUCAGCUUUAUCCACUUUAUACGCUCCAUCGCCAUUAUCACCCACCAUCUCUUCAGAAACCCUACAAACCCUUUACACAUCAAGCUGUAAAGCUGUCGAGUUGUUCCUUCUUGGGACAAAAUACAAAGUCCCAAUUUCUUUCCUUUCGGCCGUUCAACAACUACGCGCAGUCAUAGGAGUGUUAUACACUUUAUGUAUGGGUAUGAACAUCUCUUCUGAAGAAAAGGAAAAACGGAGGGAACAAUGUUCGGAAGUUUAUUCAAACGUAGGAAAAACUCUUCCAGAGGGUAAUUCAUUCACCAAAGCUUAUCUAGAACUACGAAGUUGUCUCACUACCGGAGAAAAGGAAAAGGCGACAGAGGUCAUGUUGUCCAUUUGGCGUGGACCGGGAGAAAUAGGGUUUGACUCGAGUCAAUUGAGUAUUGAAGGGGAGAAGAAAUCUUUGGAGAGGGAAGGGACGGUAUGGGGACAAUUGUAG